UUCAGAUAAUAAGGAAUCUGAAUCAUCGUCAUCAUCCCUUUCAAACUACUACCAAGUACUACUAGUUCAAGUGCUCUUCUACGGCCGGCCAUCAUUUUCGCUCUUCCUACUCCAAUCCAUCGAUCAACAACAACAACAGAAAGAUCAAAAACUCAAAUGGGUUUCAAUCAAUACACCAAAUUACUCCAAAAUCUCAUCAAUACCUCUCGAUCAAGAACAACAACUUACACUUGUUCUUCGCUAUAUUCUAAUCAAUUGACAAGAUCAGUAACACCUUCUUCACCUUCUUCUUCCGAUCACCCGAAAGCGAAAUCAUUUUCAACAAUCUCGAGUUCAUCGUAUCACCUGAACGGUGGACCAUCGUAUAUGCGAGGAGCUGUUUUCUGGGAACCAAACAAGCCUAUGACUUUUGAAGAUUUUGAAAUGCCUCGCCCUAAAGUCAACGAAGUGCUUAUCAAAACUAAAGCUUGUGGUGUUUGUCAUUCUGAUCUUCAUGUAAUGAAGGGUGAACUCCCAUUUCCAUCACCAUGUGUUGUGGGCCAUGAAAUCACUGGGGAGGUUGUUGAGCAUGGCCCAUUGACUGACACUAAAACAAUCGAAAGGCUUCCUUUGGGAGCUCGUGUUGUGGGUGCUUUUAUUAUGCCUUGUGGUAACUGCUUCUUUUGCACUAAGGGUCAAGAUGAUUUAUGCGAAGCUUUUUUUGCUUAUAAUCGUGCAAAAGGUACACUCUAUGAUGGUGAAACACGUCUUUUUCUCCGUGGAAGUGGAAAACCGGUGUAUAUGUAUAGUAUGGGAGGUCUUGCUGAAUACAGUGUGGUCCCCGCAAAUGCUUUGGCUAUUUUACCUCAUACAUUACCGUAUGCUGAGUCAGCGGUAAUUGGUUGUGCGGUUUUUACCGCCUAUGGUGCCAUGGCGCAUGCCGCCCAAGUCCGCCCUGGUGAUGCGGUUGCUGUGAUUGGUGUUGGUGGUGUAGGAUCAAGUUGUUUGCAAAUAGCACGUGCAUUCGGUGCAUCCGAGAUUAUCGCUGUUGAUAUACAAGAUGAUAAACUCGAGAAAGCUAAAAUAUUCGGAGCCACUCAUGUUGUAAAUGCUCGAAAUGAAGAUGCGGUUUCAAGGAUCAAAGAAAUAACGGGAGGGAUGGGUGUUGACACGUGUGUUGAAGCAUUGGGAAAUCCAAAAACAUUUAUGCAAUGUGUACAAAGUGUAAGAGAUGGUGGAAAAGCUGUUAUGAUUGGUCUUACACUCUCGGGAGCCAAAGGUGAAAUAGAUAUAAACCAUUUGGUUCGUAGACAGAUAAAAGUAAUGGGAUCUUAUGGAGGAAGAGCGAGACAUGAUCUUCCAAAGCUUGUGAAAUUGGCAGAAAGUGGGAUCUUUAAUCUUGAUGCGGCUGUUUCAAGAAAAUGUAAGUUUGAGGAGGCAGGAAAAGCGUAUGAAGAUUUAAAUAAGGGAAGUAUUAUAGGUCGUGCUGUGGUUGAAAUUAUGUAAUUCUAAAGAAAUUAUUACAAUUUAUUUCUUUUAAUUUUCUUAACUUUUCUGUUUCCAUGGAUGUUGUAGAGUUUUAGUGUUUGAUAAAACUGAAUCAUUUAGAGGCUUUUGAUUUGUUGUUGUAUCAAAAUGACUCAUUAAAAGGUGACCUCUUAUAUCAUUCGGUGUACAUAACUAGAAAAUUGAGUUUGGGUUGUGUAAUAUUGGGUUGGUUUACUUAUUAAUGGGCUCAUAUUGUGGAAAUUGG